UGUAGGCUAGCUCGACUAGCAUGCUACCAUCCUCCUGAAUAUGAGCAGAAGUGAAAUGUGUUUGCUUCUUGGGGCCACAGGGGUUGGAAAGACGUUGCUGCUCAAACGUUUGCAAAAGCUCAGUGUGCAUGGAGCAGGCGAACUGGAGCCAACUCCUGCUACUCUUCCCACGGUUGGAACAAAUCUGACAGACCUGACCCUGAAGAAGAAGAUGAUAACUGUGAGAGAGCUGGGAGGCUGCAUGGGCCCUAUAUGGCUCAGUUAUUUCAAGGACUGCUCUUCUGUUAUUUUUGUGGUGGACUCGGCCAACAUUGCUCAGGUAUCCUCCUCCUGUAUUCAGCUGCUAUCUGUCCUCUCUGCUGAGCCUCUGCACAGUGCUUGUGUGCUUAUUCUAUUCAACAAGAGGGACGUGCCCAGCACUAUGAGCCUUGUGGAGAUAAAGUCACUGUUCAGAUUGGAUGACAUUGUUGCAUCUGCUACUCAGCCAAUCACAUUGCUGGAAACAAGUGCCCGCUCUGGACAGGGACUUCCGGAGGUUCUCAACUGGCUCGAGUCCAUCACAGUCAAGUGAUCUAUCAUUAGUUUGGAUCUUGCACUUUCUUAAUUUGAAGAAUGGUUAAAGCCUUGUGGCAAAAAACAUCGGUGUCCUCAGUGCGUUGAGAUUGUUUACGCAAUGUUAUCAAGAGGAUGUGAUGAUGUGUUUAAUGUUAGACUUCCUAAAAAUGUGGCAAGAUACAGGACAUAAAAACUGAAAAAUCUUUGGUGCCGUUAAACAAAGAAAGCAAUGCAUUUGUGAUAUCCUGACAGGAUGGGAUGGCAGUAACUCUGGCCUUUUUAACACCGAAAAAGCAAAAUUUCCGGCACAACCUCAUCUACUUUCAAGAUGCAUGAAGAAAUUACAGAAAUGUGUGAAGAGGUCAAAACUCCAGGAACAAUUGCAGUUUAUAGAAGAACUUUAUUGUUUUACUGUUGCGUGUUUUGCUUGUGGUUCAGCACUGCUGUCUUACCUGCUGUUAUUUACACUGGUUACUAAAUGUUU